UGUUGCAUUAAACAUUUUUCCAUUUCUGAUCUUUCAUAGUGGCCAUUGGGGGAAAAAAGGCAAGCUAAGAUAUUUGGAAUCAUAAUUUCUUCUCCAAAAAUUGCAUUUGUCAUUACUCCUUGUUGCCUGAUUAGUUUGACGAAUUUCAGUGUCAUGUGUGUCAUAAAUGUGACAUUAGGAUUGGAUAACAAACCUGUGAAGCUGUGGUUUUUACUGGAAACUAGAGAGACUCAUGAUUGUUGGUUGUUACUGAUAAUAAAAAGAAUGAAGAAGAUGGGGGAAUAGGGUAGGAUUAGGACCAAAAAAUGCAGACACUACUCAUAUGGCACUUUUUCCACUUCAAGGAAAUUAAUAGUUGCCAAAAACAGUUAACUGCACUCAUGGCUUCUAUUGUGAGAAGAUCAUAAUCAUAACUUUUCUCUCCAAGUUCAUGGAUUCUUCAAACUCCAAUGGAGGAGGACCACAGAGGCUCCUGGACUUGGCAGAAAGGCUCCGCCUUUACAAGCCCCCACCAUUCCCUGAAGACAUCUUGGAUCAGAUCAUGGAAGAGAAUGAAGGGAAGGUCGUAUCACAAGCGAGUUUAACUGAAUCAGCCACACCAAUUGCUCAAAACACAGAAAAAUUCAGAUACAAGAGAGCUGCUGUUUUGAUCUGCAUCUUUGAAGGGGAUGCUGGGGAGCUAAGGGUGAUACUCACAAAACGCUCUUCCAAGCUUUCCACUUACUCGGGUGAAGUGGCCUUGCCUGGCGGGAAAGCAGAGGAGGGGGACAAGGAUGAUGGGGACACUGCAAAAAGAGAGGCAAUGGAGGAAAUUGGGUUGGACCCUGAACUUGUCGAUGUUGUUACUUUUCUUGAACCAUUUUUUUCAAAGUACCUCAUGAGAGUGGUUCCUGUCAUUGGCAUUCUUCAUGACAAAAAGGCAUUCAAACCUGUCCUGAAUCCUGCUGAAGUAGAAGUUGUAUUUGAUGCACCUUUAGAAAUGUUUCUCAAGAAUGAAAAUAGGAGUGAGGAGAAGAUGCAGUGGAUGGGAGAGAAUUAUCUGAUACAUUUGUUCGACUAUGAAAUCGAGCAUAAAAAAUACCUUAUAUGGGGUUUAACUGCUGGGAUCUUGAUAAGAGCUGCAUCAAUUGUGUACCAGCAACCGCCAGCUUUCAUGGAGCAGAAUCCUAAAUUCAAGCUUCCUCGGACAUAACUAUGUAAUGCAUUGAAUUUGACAUUUAAUGUAUUUUAGCCCUUAACAUCUUUUCAUCCUACAGUAAUAUUCAUCACAACUGUAGAUUUCAAGAACAGGUAGGUUAUACUAAGAAAGAAAAACUGUCCUAGCUCUUGGAAUUCAUAUUUCUACUUGCAGAAUGCCAUCAUAAGUUGCAUUGGUUUACUUCAAAA